GCCUCCUCUUUCUUCGCUCCCGUGCCCCCGGGGGUGGCGGUAUUCCUGGCUUCGGCAAUCAGGGCCAGGCGAAGAUCAUGAUCACUCCCGAGACCGGCGUGAAGUUUGAAGACGUCGCUGGAAUCGACGAGGCCAAGGAGGAGCUCAUGGAGAUCGUGGAUUUUCUGAAAGCGCCAGAGAGGUUCGUGAAGGUGGGCGCGAAGAUCCCUCGCGGCGUGCUGCUGACGGGCCCACCGGGCACCGGUAAGACGUUGAUGGCCAAGGCUUUGGCGGGUGAGUCCGGAGUGCCUUUCAUUCAGUCCUCUGCUUCGGAGUUCAUCGAACUCUUCGUCGGAGUGGGCGCCUCGCGCGUGCGCGACAUCUUUAAGCAGGCCAAGGAGAAGGCGCCCUGCAUCGUCUUCAUCGAUGAGAUUGAUGCCAUCGGAAGACAGCGCGGUGCCGGCAUGGGCGGUGGCAAUGACGAGCGAGAGCAGACGCUGAAUCAGAUCCUCACGGAGAUGGACGGCUUCGAAGGUAACCAAGGAAAUGGCAGCAAAGAGGAUUGGACCGAACUUUGCCGACGAGCUACCGGCGUCAAGUUUGAAGAUGUCGCCGGAAUCGACGAGGCCAAGGAGGAGCUCAUGGAGAUCGUGGAUUUUCUGAAAGCGCCAGAGAGGUUCGUGAAGGUGGGCGCGAAGAUCCCUCGCGGCGUGCUGUUGACUGGCCCACCGGGCACCGGUAAGACGCUGAUGGCCAAGGCUUUGGCGGGUGAGUCCGGAGUGCCUUUCAUUCAGUCCUCUGCUUCGGAGUUCAUCGAACUCUUCGUCGGGGUGGGUGCCUCGCGCGUGCGCGACAUCUUCAAGCAGGCCAAGGAGAAGGCGCCCUGCAUCGUCUUCAUCGAUGAGAUUGAUGCCAUCGGAAGACAGCGCGGUGCCGGCAUGGGCGGCGGCAAUGACGAGCGAGAGCAGACGCUGAAUCAGAUCCUCACGGAGAUGGACGGCUUCGAAGGCAACAGCGGCAACCUCAUGAACGAAUCGGCCAUCCUGGCUGCUCGCCGCAACAAGAAGGCCAUCAGCAUGGAUGAAAUCAACGAUGCCACGGAUCGGGUCAUCGCCGGAUUGGAGGGCCGAGCCUUGCAGGACAACGCGGCGAAGAAGCUCAUCGCUUACCACGAAGCAGGACAUGCUAUCGUUGGCACCCUGCUGCCGUAUCAUGACCCUGUCAACAAGGUGACCCUGAUCCCUCGCGGGCAGGCAAAGGGUCUGACGUGGUUCACGCCCGGAGAGGAUCAGAGCCUCAUCUCGGCCGCCAUGCUCAAGGCGCGCAUCGCCGGCGCCCUCGGUGGCCGCGCCGCAGAGCAGCUGGUCUUUGGUACCAGCCAGGUCACGACAGGCGCAGGCGGCGAUCUCCAACAGGUCGAGCGCAUGGCUCGUGCCAUGGUCACACAGUUCGGCAUGUCGGAGGUCGGUUCUCUGGCCAUCGAUGACGGCGGCUUUAUGGGCCCGGACUACUCAGAGGAGCUGAGCUCGAAGAUUGACAAUGCCAUCAAGGAAAUCUCGGAUGAUUGCUAUUUGAAUGCGCUGAACAUCCUGAUGACCAACCGGGCUUGCCUGGACCGG